UUUCCCCUAACCCGUUUUCUCCCCCCCCGCCUUCGCAGAAACGCAUGUCGGUGACCGAAGGGGGCAUCAAGUACCCCGAGACCACGGAGGGGGGGCGCCCCAAGCUGGGGGGCCUCAUGGACCCCCGCCAGGGCGUCAUCGAGAGGACGGGGCGCUGCCAGACCUGCGCGGGUAACAUGACCGAGUGCCCGGGCCACUUUGGCCACAUCGAGCUGGCCAAGCCCGUCUUCCACGUGGGCUUUUUGGGCAAAACCAUGAAGAUCUUGCGCUGCGUUUGCUUCUUCUGCUCCAAGCUCCUGGUGGACUCGAACAACCCCAAAAUCAAGGACAUCCUGGGCAAGUCCAAGGGGCAGCCCAAGAAGCGCCUGACGCACGUCUACGACCUCUGCAAAGGCAAGAACAUCUGCGAGGGCGGCGAGGAGAUGGACCACAAGUUCGGUGUGGAGCAGCCCGAGGGUGACGAGGACCUCACCAAGGAGAAGGUGGAGCGACACAUGUGCGACGGGGACAUCGUCAUCUUCAACCGCCAGCCCACGCUGCACAAGAUGUCCAUGAUGGGCCACCGGGUCCGCAUCCUGCCCUGGUCCACCUUCCGCCUCAACCUCAGGUACCCCGGUGCCCCCCGACCUGCCCUGUUCGACACCAAGGUGAUCGUGGAGAACGGGGAGCUCAUCAUGGGCAUCCUGUGCAAGAAGUCGCUGGGCACCUCGGCGGGCUCCCUGGUGCACAUCUCCUACCUGGAGAUGGGCCACGACACCACCCGCCUCUUCUACAGCAACAUCCAGACCGUCAUCAACAACUGGCUCCUCAUUGAGGGCCACACAAUCGGCAUUGGGGACUCCAUUGCCGACGCCAAGACGUACCAGGACAUCCAGAACACCAUCAAGAAGGCCAAGCAGGAUGUCAUUGAGGUCAUUGAGAAGGCGCACAACAACGAGCUGGAGCCGACGCCAGGGAACACGCUGCGGCAGACCUUCGAGAACCAGGUGAACCGCAUCCUCAACGAUGCCCGUGACAAGACCGGCUCCUCUGCCCAGAAGUCACUCUCGGAGUACAACAACUUCAAGUCCAUGGUGGUGUCGGGUGCCAAAGGGUCCAAGAUCAACAUCUCCCAGGUCAUCGCGGUGGUGGGGCAGCAGAACGUGGAGGGCAAGCGCAUCCCCUUCGGCUUCAAGCACCGCACGCUGCCCCACUUCAUCAAGGACGACUACGGCCCCGAGAGCCGCGGCUUCGUGGAGAACUCCUACCUGGCCGGGCUCACCCCCACCGAGUUCUUCUUCCACGCCAUGGGUGGCCGCGAGGGCCUCAUCGACACCGCCGUCAAGACAGCUGAGACGGGGUACAUCCAGCGGCGCCUGAUCAAGUCGAUGGAGUCGGUGAUGGUGAAGUACGACGCCACCGUGCGCAACUCCAUCAACCAGGUGGUGCAGCUGCGCUACGGCGAGGACGGGCUGGCGGGCGAGAGCGUCGAGUUCCAAAACCUCGCCACCCUCAAGCCCUCCAACAAGGCCUUCGAGAAGAAGUUCAAGUUCGACUACACCAACGAGCGGGCGCUACGGCGGACGCUGCAGGAGGAGAUGGUCAAGGACAUCCUGAGCAACGCCCACAUCCAGAACGAGCUGGAGCGCGAGUUCGAGAAGAUGCGGGAGGACCGCGAGGUGCUGCGCGUCAUCUUCCCCACCGGCGACAGCAAGGUGGUGCUGCCCUGUAACCUGCUGCGCAUGAUCUGGAACGCCCAGAAGAUCUUUCACAUCAACUCGCGCCUCCCCUCGGACCUGCACCCUGUCAAGGUGGUGGAAGGGGUGAAGGAGCUGAGCCGGAAGCUGGUGAUCGUCAACGGGGACGACCCGCUGAGCCGGCAGGCGCAGGAGAACGCCACGCUGCUCUUCAACAUCCACCUGCGCUCCACGCUCUGCAGCCGCCGCAUGGUGGAGGAGUUCCGCCUCAGCGGCGAGGCCUUCGACUGGCUCCUGGGCGAGAUCGAGUCCAAGUUCAACCAGGCCAUCGCCCACUCCGGGGAGAUGGUGGGUGCCCUGGCAGCCCAGUCCCUGGGUGAGCCAGCCACCCAGAUGACCCUCAACACCUUCCACUACGCCGGUGUCUCGGCCAAGAACGUCACCCUGGGUGUCCCCCGCCUCAAGGAGCUCAUCAACAUCUCCAAGAAGCCCAAGACACCUUCGCUCACUGUCUUCCUCCUGGGCCAGAGCGCCCGUGACGCUGAGCGCGCCAAGGACAUCCUGUGCCGCCUGGAGCACACGACGUUGCGGAAGGUGACAGCCAACACGGCCAUCUACUACGACCCCAACCCGCAGAGCACGGUGGUGGCCGAGGACCAGGAGUGGGUCAACGUCUACUACGAGAUGCCCGACUUUGACGUGAGCCGCAUCUCGCCCUGGCUGCUCCGUGUUGAGCUCGACCGCAAGCACAUGACGGACCGCAAGCUCACCAUGGAGCAGAUCGCUGAGAAGAUCAAUGCUGGCUUUGGGGACGACCUGAACUGCAUCUUCAACGACGACAAUGCCGAGAAGCUGGUGCUGCGGAUCCGCAUCAUGAACAGCGAUGAGAACAAGAUGCAGGAGGAGGAGGAAGUGGUGGACAAGAUGGAUGAUGACGUCUUCCUGCGGUGCAUCGAGUCCAACAUGCUGACAGACAUGACGCUGCAGGGCAUCGAGCAGAUCAGCAAGGUGUACAUGCACCUGCCGCAGACGGACAACAAGAAGAAGAUCAUCAUCACGGAGGACGGGGAGUUCAAGGCGCUGCAGGAGUGGAUCCUGGAGACGGACGGCGUCAGCCUCAUGCGGGUGCUGAGCGAGAAGGACGUGGACCCCGUGCGCACCACCUCCAACGACAUCGUGGAGAUCUUUACCGUGCUGGGCAUCGAGGCGGUGCCCCUCGGGCGGGAGCUCUACCACGUCAUCUCCUUCGAUGGCUCCUACGUCAACUACCGGCACCUGGCGCUGCUCUGUGACACCAUGACAUCCCGUGGCCACCUCAUGGCCAUCACCCGCCACGGCGUCAACCGCCAGGACACCGGGCCCCUCAUGAAGUGCUCCUUUGAGGAGACGGUGGACGUGCUGAUGGAGGCGGCGGCGCACGGCGAGAGCGACCCCAUGAAGGGGGUGUCGGAGAACAUCAUGCUGGGGCAGCUGGCGCCCACAUCUCCGAGCUACAGCCCUACUUCGCCCAGCUACAGCCCAACAUCUCCGAGCUACAGCCCUACUUCGCCCAGCUACAGCCCAACAUCUCCGAGCUACAGCCCUACUUCGCCCAGCUACAGCCCGACGUCUCCCAGUUACAGCCCCACCUCGCCCAACUACAGCCCCACGUCUCCGAGUUACAGCCCCACCUCCCCCAGCUACAGCCCUACUUCGCCCAGCUACAGCCCGACGUCUCCCAGUUACAGCCCCACCUCGCCCAACUACAGCCCCACGUCUCCGAGUUACAGCCCCCCCUCCCCCAGCUACAGCCCUACUUCGCCCAGCUACAGCCCAACAUCUCCGAGCUACAGCCCUACUUCGCCCAGCUACAGCCCAACAUCUCCGAGCUACAGCCCUACUUCGCCCAGCUACAGCCCAACAUCUCCGAGCUACAGCCCUACUUCGCCCAGCUACAGCCCAACAUCUCCGAGCUACAGCCCUACUUCGCCCAGCUACAGCCCAACAUCUCCGAGCUACAGCCCUACUUCGCCCAGCUACAGCCCGACGUCUCCCAGUUACAGCCCCACCUCGCCCAACUACAGCCCCACGUCUCCGAGUUACAGCCCCACCUCCCCCAGCUACAGCCCUACUUCGCCCAGCUACAGCCCGACGUCUCCCAGUUACAGCCCCACCUCGCCCAACUACAGCCCCACGUCUCCGAGUUACAGCCCCCCCUCCCCCAGCUACAGCCCUACUUCGCCCAGCUACAGCCCAACAUCUCCGAGCUACAGCCCUACUUCGCCCAGCUACAGCCCAACAUCUCCGAGCUACAGCCCUACUUCGCCCAGCUACAGCCCAACAUCUCCGAGCUACAGCCCUACUUCGCCCAGCUACAGCCCAACAUCUCCGAGCUACAGCCCUACUUCGCCCAGCUACAGCCCAACAUCUCCGAGCUACAGCCCUACUUCGCCCAGCUACAGCCCGACGUCUCCCAGUUACAGCCCCACCUCGCCCAACUACAGCCCCACGUCUCCGAGUUACAGCCCCACCUCCCCCAGCUACAGCCCUACUUCGCCCAGCUACAGCCCGACGUCUCCCAGUUACAGCCCCACCUCGCCCAACUACAGCCCCACGUCUCCGAGUUACAGCCCCCCCUCCCCCAGCUACAGCCCUACUUCGCCCAGCUACAGCCCAACAUCUCCGAGCUACAGCCCUACUUCGCCCAGCUACAGCCCAACAUCUCCGAGCUACAGCCCUACUUCGCCCAGCUACAGCCCAACAUCUCCGAGCUACAGCCCUACUUCGCCCAGCUACAGCCCAACAUCUCCGAGCUACAGCCCUACUUCGCCCAGCUACAGCCCAACAUCUCCGAGCUACAGCCCUACUUCGCCCAGCUACAGCCCGACGUCUCCCAGUUACAGCCCCACCUCGCCCAACUACAGCCCCACGUCUCCGAGUUACAGCCCCACCUCCCCCAGCUACAGCCCUACUUCGCCCAGCUACAGCCCGACCAGCCCAAGCUACAGCCCUACUUCACCUAGCUACAGCCCGACAUCUCCCAGCUACAGUCCCACCUCGCCCAGCUACAGCCCGACAUCUCCCAGUUACAGCCCAACCAGCCCAAGUUACAGCCCUACUUCACCCAGCUACAGCCCGACCUCUCCCAGCUACAGUCCCACCUC